UACUUGUGCGAAGCCGCAAAUCGAAAAGUAGACGCUGUGAAGCGAAUUUGUAUCAAGGAGCUUCCCAAUACCCUGAUAUUGCAUUUGAAACGUUUUGAGUUUGAUCUUGACUUUAUGAAAAAAGUCAAGGUGAACGACUGUUGUGAAUUCCCUCUUACUCUAGAGAUGGAUCCAUAUACCAUACAGGGGAUUGAAAGGCGGGAAAAGAUGGAAGGGGAUGAUGAAUCGCUUUAUGACUUGGUAGGAGUUUUGGUACACACUGGUACAGCUGACUCGGGACAUUACUACAGCUACAUCAAGGAAAGAAAACCAGUUUCCCUCGACGGAGACAAUGAUUCCGCAAAGUGGUAUUUGUUCAAUGAUACUAAUGUCGAGUUGUUUGAUGAAAAGGACAUCGGUCCUGCAUGCUAUGGUGGUAGUGAAUGCAUACAGCAACUUGAUCCGAUGGACUCUUCGCGGUCACAUACUAAGCUGGUCUCACGUACGUACAGCGCAUACAUGCUUUUUUACGAGAAA